CGCCACACAUUUACUUCUCUUACUGCCGUCGUCUGGAGGAGAGAAGGGAGGAGCGUGUCUCACAGCACCCACACCGUCGCUCGCUGACAUUGCAUCCUCAAUUCCGCAGCAAGGUUCACUCCAACUAUAGACAGUGCAAUCCUGCUUAUUUUCCCUCAGCGCAACGAUCAACCUUCUUCACCUCACAGUUAAAUCACAGUUAAAUCACAAGCACAGACCAUCGAUAUGUUCUCUCUACUCCGUCCCUGGACUAUUGCUUUUCCAAGUACCCAUCGUCGUCUUUCUACUGCUUCUAUUCAUGGUUUUCGCGCGUCGCUUGGGGCUUUCAUUGAGGUUGGUGACUUGGUUCCCAAUAUUCAAUUGAGAGAAAAUACGCCAGGCAAGAGGGUCUCUAUUGCCGAAGAACUCAAGGGUAAAAAGAAAGCCCUUAUUCUUGGAGUUCCCGGUGCAUUUUCUCCUGCUUGCAGUGCGGCGCACAUCGCCAAAUAUAUAGAAGCUAAAUUUGAUGUUCCGACCUAUGUUGUGGCUAUCAACGACCCCUUUGUCACAAAGGCAUGGAAGGACUCCCUCACCUCUCGUGAUGAUGAGAACUUCCGCUUUCUGGCUGACCCUUCCUCUGAGUUCACCGACGCUGUUGGCAUGAAGUUUGAUGCAACCCCUAUAUUUGGUGGGCCCAGGAGUAAGAGAUAUGCCCUCAUCGUUGAAGAUGGAAAAGUGUCAAAGGUGUUUGCUGAACCCGACAAUACUGGGGUCUCGGUUACAUCUGCCGACAAUAUCCUUCCAGAGCUCAAGUAAGUAGUGGAUAGUGCAAUGCAUAUAUCAGAAUUAAAAGCAGGAAAGGAAAAAGCAUUGCUUCUU